UGGGAAAACCUGGAGGGUGUAACUGCAAUUACAAGAAUAUAGAAGAGAAAAAUGAGUCACAAGAAAAUAAUCAUGUCUUCGCUCUUCGGGAGCUCCGGAUUCUCUCCUUCAAGGUAAGAGGGCAGAUUACUGAAACCGGGUUUACAGUGUGAGUGCAAGGAAUUGUUUUACUGGAGUAGAAGGUCAUCAUGUUUGCAACUGCAAUUAGGUAUAUUGCCAAGAAACCGAAGCCAAAGAUGAAACCGAUAGAGCUCAAAACGCCACCAGAGCAGACACAAACCAUCACUAGAGUUAUAUUUGAUGUUUUAAAGGAGCAUGGUCCUCUCACAAUCACAGACACCUGGGAACGAUUGAAGGAAGUUGGUGUGAGAGGGCUGACAGGCAAAAGGCACAUGAAAACAAUUCUUAGAUGGAUGAGGGAGAGGCAGAAACUUAGGCUAAUUUGCAACCACGUAGGUCCCCACAAGCAAUUUCUGUAUACAACGUGGUUCACCAAACCCAAUACCAAGCAGGCAAGGCCGGGAAAUGUUUCUUCUCAACCGAAACUCCCAUGAUCUUCAUGGAUUACUAGCUGAGAAGCUUCUUUAUUUGAACCCUGCCUGAAUCAUGUCGUGGAAAGUGUUGUUUUGUUUCUGUUCUCGUUUUGACGUAAGCAGAAUUUAGACAUUAGGAUGAUGUUUUUGGCAUCAACAUUAGGAUGAUAUUGAACUAAAGGUUUUUUAUCCCAAAGUAUUUAGAGCUUUUCCACCCA